CAGCGUCAUCCAAUCAGCUGGUUUUGAGACCGCCCGCCCGCCUGCUGACUCUUCCCGUUUGUCUUGUAGCUUUAUCAGUAUUUGGUUAUUAAUUUUGUGAAUAAUUAUUCGUGAAAGUGUGUUCAAGAUUAUUAAGGUUUUUUGUAAUUGCUACAAAAGUAGCAAAUUCAGGUGUUAAGCUUCCGAUUCUUAAAAUUUCCCUAAAUAAUGUCGCCAUUUUGACCAUUGUACAGUUGAGUAAAUAGUUUUGUUUGGUUUGGUCAUCAACAAAAAAUAAUAUUUGCCGCUUAUCGAAAAGUAAAUGGAUGUGCGAUCGCAAGAAGUUUGGAGAAAAUGUCCCAGAAAAAUAGUACUAUAAAUUUCUUAAUUCAUGAUGCAAAUGAUAUUUGUUUCAGGACAGCCUCAAAUGGUAAAGGUUGUGAAGAACCCAGGUAAUCAACCUAUUCCACAAAUCAAGCUUAAAUCCAACCCUCUAAAAGUAAUAAAGAUACCUACUUCUGGGGAAGGCAGUGCUCAGAUACCUGUUCUUCAAGCACUCAAGCUGUCUGGCCUGAAUUGCACAUCUAAACUGGUGCAAGUUCCUCUGGCAAGAAUUCAACAAGUUACCCCAAAAGUUGAGCCUCAAGAAACUGUUGAAGAACAGCAGCUUGAAGAAUUGGUGGUGGAGUCAAUACCAGAGUUGGUCCCAAUAACAACAACAAUUGAGUCCCCAGUAACAAGCACUAGUGCAGCAACAGUUAAGACAGAGUUCUCACCCACCAUGUCUAACACUUCAAGACGGAGACACAAUUCAGAUGAUGGGGGAGAAUUACAAAUGGGGAGCUAUACCACAAAAAGGCGUAAAAUGGCUGACAAAAUAGGUAAAGGGUUAAGGCACUUUUCUAUGAAAGUCUGUGAAAAAGUCAGGAAGAAAGGAUUCACAUCUUACAAUGAAGUUGCUGAUGAAUUGGUCUUAGAGUUUGCUACUGGAAUGCAUGGGUCUGCAGAUAGCCAACAAUAUGACCAAAAGAAUAUCCGUAGAAGAGUAUAUGACGCAUUAAAUGUACUGAUGGCAAUGAAUAUAAUAUCUAAAGAGAAAAAAGAAAUCAGGUGGCUUGGGUUACCUACGAAUUCUGUACAAGAAUGCACUUCAUUGGAAAAAGAAAAACAAACUAAACUAGAACAGAUACAGAAAAAGACUCAACAAUUACAAGAGCUCAUUUUACAGCAUAUAUCAUUCAAAAGUUUAAUAGAGAGAAAUAAAGAUGCGGAAAAUAGGGGCGUGAAGCCAUCGCCGUCGUCUGCCAUUCAUUUGCCUUUUAUAGUUGUAAAUACGAGUGACAAAGCCCUCAUUGACUGCAGUAUUUCUAAUGACAAAACUGAGUAUAUGUUCAAUUUCAACAAGAGAUUCCAAAUCCAUGACGACAUAGAUAUUUUAAAAAGAAUGGGUCUUUUAUUUGGUCUAGACAAAGGAGAAUGUUCAGAAGAGGACAUUGAAAGGGCUAAACGCAUGGUGCCUAAAUCACUGGAACCAUAUGUUGAACAGAUGGGUAGAGGUGAAAGUAAUAAGCUCUCUAGUUUGUUAGAAGAGGAAGAUGUUGAUGAAGUUGAAGAAGAAGAAGAGACGUUAGAAGGUGAGGGGGAGACGGAGGCGGCGGGCGAGGCGGAGGACGAGCAGGAGGCGGAGGUCGGCGACUACAGCGACGACAGCAGCGACGUGGACGUGUAGCGACCAUGCUGCGGGCCACGCCGCCCCAACACUCUGUUACUAUUUCUAGAUGUUAAUGUUUCACAGCUAUGUUAAGCUUGUGUAAUGUGUUGACUAGGUUCAGCGUUAUUAAGUAAAAUCUAAUCUAAAAAUGGCACUGUAUUUUAUAUUGAGACAGGCAACAAUGAAGUGUAGUACAAACACAUGUCUGAUAUUUGUAGUUAAGCACAUUUUAUUUUAUCUUUUACCACCAGAGUGUGGUUUUAAUUUAGUGCUAAUGAUAGUACCAUACACAGUAAAAGUAUAAUAGGAAAUACCAAGCGUAAGUGCAAUACUUACAAAUAAAAUGUGUCUAUAUCAGGAAAGAAUAUUUUGUCAUUAGUUGCUGUAAUUUUGAAAACUGGAGUUGUGUGCAGAAUAUACUUUUAAGUAGAAUGUAGACUUAAUUACAAUAUUUCUUAUGUGACCCUACAAUAGGUUGUCACAUUCAUAAAUUCUGCCUUGUAAAAUGUUCAUGUUCAAAAGAUUAUACGUUUCGAUCCAAUUGAGGGAAUAAGGACACUCAAGGUCUACUUAGUGCUUGUCAGAUGUAGACACAUUUUAAAAACUGCCAUUUCAUAAAAUUGACUUCAAAGUUGUAUAAAAAUUACUUUUAUUUAGAUCUCAAAUUAACAUAUCUCCACAUGAAUUGGAAGUUCCCAGAUAUUUGGGAUAUUGUGUUGCUGGCACAACCAUGAAGUGCAUAAUAAAUAAACUUUGUAUUAUACAAUGGAAAAGCCAUGUAUAUUUUUAUCUGAUGUCCAUUUUUAGCAAAUCUAUUCAUUACAUAAUUUAGAUUUGUAAUUGUUUAAAGGUCAAAGCAAAAUAAAUUUUGAAUAAGAAA